CGCUUCGCCACUACCGACUACACCUCUCUCCAGGUUACUACCCGCUUCCCGACGCCAAACCGGGAGUCCGGUACGUCGGAUGCACACGGACUUCGCUAUGUGCGUGCGCGGUGGACCCCCGCGGCGCUCUCCCGCCAGGCCCUCAGCUGUCAGCAGCGCGAGCGGCGUCUCGGGGCUCGUCUGGCCACGCCUGGAGCGCGGGCUUUGAUUGGGCCGCCGUUGUUGUAGUGACCGGGAAGCGCCCGCACUCCGGGCUGACGGUUCCGGGCGCCGCACGGUCCCCCCCCACCCCUUGUCCCUACCCUUCCCUGCUCCCCCAAGGCCCCGGGUGCCGUCCGCUCCCCGCAUGGCCUCCGGCCCGGAGGAUCCGAUUCUGGAACGUUAUUUUAAAGGUCACAAAGCUGCGAUCACCUCCGCUGACUUCAGCCCCAACUGCAAACAAAUUGCUACUGCUUCCUGGGACACCUUUCUCAUGCUAUGGAGUUUGAAGCCACACGCUAGAGCUUACAGAUACGUGGGCCACAAGGAUAUCGUGACCAGUGUGCAGUUCUCUCCACAAGGAAACUUGUUAGCCUCUGCCUCGAGAGAUAAAACCAUUAGACUCUGGGUUCUUGACAGGAAAGGAAAGUCUUCAGAAUUUAAAGCACACACAGCCCCAGUUCGAAGUGUGGACUUUUCAGCCGAUGGCCAGUUUCUGGUUACAGCGUCUGAAGACAAAUCCAUUAAAGUAUGGAGUAUGUACCGUCAGCGCUUCCUCUACUCCCUGUACCGACACACACACUGGGUACGCUGCGCCAAAUUUUCACCCGACGGGAGAUUGAUCGUGUCAUGUAGUGAGGAUAAAACUAUUAAAAUCUGGGACACUACAAGCAAGCAGUGUGUUAAUAACUUCUCGGACUCCGUAGGAUUUGCAAAUUUUGUGGACUUUAGCCCUAAUGGUACAUGCAUAGCUUCAGCGGGUUCUGAUCACGCUGUGAAAAUCUGGGAUAUAAGAAUGAACAGAUUACUUCAACACUAUCAAGUUCACAGCAGCGGUGUGAACUGUCUGUCCUUCCAUCCUUCGGGUAACAGCCUUGUCACUGCCUCGUCUGACGGAACAGUUAAGAUUCUGGAUCUCGUAGAGGGAAGACUCAUAUACACACUUCAAGGACAUACGGGGCCCGUCUUUACUGUUUCAUUCUCCAAGGAUGGAGAGUUAUUCACAUCUGGCGGUGCAGAUGCACAGGUCUUAGUAUGGAGGACCAGCUUCAAUCAAGUGCACUAUCGAGAUCCUAGUAAACGAAACCUCAAAAGACUGCACUUUGAGGCCUCCCCACACCUUCUUGACAUCUAUCCACGAACACCACAUAGCCAUGAAGACAAAAGGGAGAUGAUUGAAAUCAAUCCAAAACUUGAGGUAAUGGACUUGCACAGUUCUUCUCCCCCAGUUGUGGAUGUCCUUUCUUUUGAUUCAACCACAGUAACGGAUUACACCUGUCGAGCUGUGCCAAGCAAGGGUGAAGACAUCUGUAGGUAUUUCUUGAACCCUUUGUUAAUGCCAGAAUGCUCAUCAACAACCAUGAAAAAGAAACCAGAAGAUGUAGGUGACCCGCCCUCUGAAAACCAGAGAAGUGUACCGCUGGCCGUGGCUGACGCUCUGGAGCAUAUUAUGGAACAACUGAACAUUCUCACCCAGACUGUUUCCAUUCUAGAGCAACGACUGUCUUUGACUGAAGAUAAGCUGAAAGACUGCCUUGAGAAUCAGCAAAAGCUUUUCAGUGUCAUCCAUCAGAAGAGCUGAGCAGGAGGUGUGCAAGCUCAGGCUGGUCCCUGAAGAUGCGCUCACACACUCAGGACGUUGCAGAGGCCCUCCCUCCACACCCUGCCAAGCACUGAUCACUGUAGAUUCUUCAGGGGUGAGCAACAGAACAAAGGUUCAAGUCAUUUGUAAGGACUGACUUAAACACACAAAUCACUAUCAAGGAUCAAGUUAAGCUCCUCCCAGGUACAAUUGCAGUAAUAAAGUUAUGAACAUUUAAAUCACCCCA